UGUUUAGUACGCUGCUGCCUGCUGGCCUCCGUCCUCGGUGUCAGGCGGGUUUGUAACGUUAAUUUAAUCUUCUACUGCGACAACAAACGCUUUUGACGAGGUCUCUGUGUUUCCUGUGAUAUUACGAUGGACGUUGCUGAACACCGAGUUUCCUGUUGAUGUGUUGUUGGUUUUUUUUUUUGUGGACUCAACACGGCGGUGAUGUUGCCUCCCUCACAGAAACUGGUUCAGGCUGAGUUUGCGGUAUGACAGGAAUGAAGAGAGAUGUGCAACAAGUGUUGAUAGCUAUUUUCAAAGUCAGCAUCUUGUUACCUUACUAUCAAGAUUUCCCAUACAGAUUUGCAAAUGAAAAUGGAGGAUAUGCCCCUGUCAGGCCCAGACAACACCAGGCUGGAGGCCUUGGUCCAUGACAUCUACUCGGAGCUGGUGGAAGAUGCCUGUUUGGGCCUGUGUUUUGAGGUACACCGUGCUGUGAAACAGGGCUAUUUCUUCUUGGAUGAAACAGACCAAGAGAGCAUGAAGGAGUUCGAAAUUGUGGACCAACCAGGAGUUGACAUAUUCGGGCAGGUGUACAAUCAGUGGAAGAACAAAGAGUGUGAAUGCCCCAACUGCAAAAGACUGAUAGCGGCUUCUCGCUUCGCCCCACACUUGGAGAAAUGUCUCGGCAUGGGACGCAACAGCAGUCGCAUCGCCAACCGCAGGCUAGCCAGCAAUAAUAACAUGAGCAAAUCAGAGAGCGAUCAGGAGGACAACGAUGACCUCAAUGAUAAUGACUGGUCGUAUGGAGCUGAGAAAAAAUCCAAGAAGAGAAAGUCAGAUAAGAAUCAAAAUUCACCAAGAAGAUCUAAAUCUCUAAAACAUAAAAAUGGUGAGCUCGGGAGCAGCGUCGGUUCGGAGCCCUACAAGUACAACUACAACACUGGCAUCAGCUACGAAACAUUAGGCCCCGAUGAAGUCAGGUCCCUUUUGACAACGCAAUGCGGGGUGAUCUCAGAGCACACCAAGAAGAUGUGUACCAGGUCUCAACGAUGUCCCCAGCACACGGACGAACAGAGGAGGGCCGUCAGGGUGUUCCUCCUGGGGCCGUCCGCGCCGUCGCUGCCUGACGCAGACGCUGUGGUGGAGAACGACAGCUUCGACAUUCCAGAUGGGCAGACCCUGAUGAGUCGCCUGCAGUGGGAAGACUCCCCAGAUAUUUCCCCCACUGACUCUGCCUCAUCUAAAGCCAGCACCAACCAUUCAGAUUCUAGGAGGCCUAAGAAAAAGAAGAGGACCUCUCUUGGUUUGAACAGCGGAGGAGGAGGCGUAGGAGGAAGUGGAUGUCUGACUGGAGGCGGCAGCAGCAGCUCUCAGAGUAAUAUCAGCUUAUCGACCAAAAAAAAGAGGCCUAAACUCUCAGCACCUUCUAUUUCGAGUAUCUAUGAUGAUUUAAACUAGCGUAAUCCCUCUUAUCUGUCUGACCAGCUCUUGCCUCUUCUUCAUCCAGUCCCUCCUUUCAUACCUAUAUUUGCAGGUCUGAACAGGUUUGGGAUUAAACUUGAUUUAGUCGUUCUUUCAGCCUUUAAAAGUAAGGCGUCUCCAUUUUAAUGAUUCACAGUGUUGUAAAAAUUGUGGCCAGUCACAGAGUCCAAUCAGUAUCUGCAGACAUAUUCGAGAAAUUCGACCCUAAACAAGAAUUUAUAACCUGCAAUUCUAGUAAUUUUGGACUUUUAGGUCAACUCAGACGGUCUCAUUAAGAUGGAUUUAGGUGUUUUUUGUAGUCUAUUGCGUUAGUGACUGACAGUGGGCUCCAACUGUAAAUCAGAAAGUGUGUCCUCCUCCUAAUUAAGUCAUUAUGGCCAAAAAUAUGUGGAUACCACAAAACUAUACCCAUAUGUGACUGUUGUCAUUCCAAAACCAUGUGUAUUAAUAUUCAUUUUGCAACCAUUCAGCCCCAAGAGUAUCAGUGAGGUCGGCCGCUGAUGUUGGACAAUAAAGGUCUUGAAUGGGGUUGAGGCCGGACUAGUUCUUCCACAUCAAACCGGGGAAACCAUUUCUUGAUAGAUCUGGCUUUGUGAAUGGGGCGUUGACAUGUUGAAACAGGAAAGAGUCUUCUACAAAUGGUUGUCACAGAGUUUUAAGCACACUAGUGUCUGAAUUAUCAUUUUAUGCUGCAGCAUUAAGAUUUACAUGAAUUGAAAGCAAGGGGCCUUGACCAAACUGUAAAAAAAUAAUCUGCCACAUGUGGUGUCCACAUAGUUUUGGCCAUAAAGUGUAAGCAGCUCCAAAAUUAUCUCCCUGAUGUUAAACUAAUGUAGAUACUUUUUUUCAAAAUCCCCAUUUAAAACUAAUCUUUACUGUGUUUUUGGUGCGAAAAAAACAACUUUAUCACCUUUAAAGCCUUAAAACGACAACAAAGUUGUUCGACAUAAUUAGACGUCUUAAUUUGUCCACUCUUAUCCAAAAGUUAAAUGCAUGUAGAACUGGGGUUUGUACAAAAUCAGCUCUAAGUAUUUGAAUUCUUGAUUAGUUUAUUUCAAUUUUAAGACCUUUCAUUAGUGACUCACAAUAGGCUUUCCUUUUUUUUUGCUCGCUAACUUGAAUCUAUUUUCAAACAGCGUAAAAAAAAAAAAGGUCUUAAACUCUCAAAUGUGACUUUCUGAAACCUUCAGGUACCGCGCUGGUGUUUGCGACCUCGUGACCUGUCUCCUCUUUUUAGACUCAGCGUUCAGUUCACUCUUCAACUCGGUGUGAGGAGACGACUGCUUUCAAAUUUAACACUUGACACACGUAUACUGGAGUACUUAUCGGUGGCUCUUUAAUUCUAGCAUUGUAUUGCACUCUGUGUGUGUGUGUGUGUGUGUGUGUGCGUGUGUGUGUACAUAAGUAUGCUGACUUGCGUUGAGUGUCAGUUUUUCGUGUUGUGUGUGUGUGUGGUUAGAGGGCGUGUGUGUGUAAUCAUUUAUAUUUUCACAAAUCUAUGCAUCCU